GUCCUCCCUCUUGCGACUGCAGAUCGCACCCAGGAGCCCAGGAGCUAGGGCAGGGGCCAGACUCGGUGCGGGGCGCAGCGUGCUGGAGCCAGGAUCCCACGGGCUCACUGUGGGCCGGCCACUCGGGAGCCUCCUUGGAGGCCGGAGACUUGACUUGAGCCUAGACCAAGGAAAGAAUGUGGAGAUAAGUGGCCUCCAUCCUUCGGGCUCCAACGGGAGGCUGGGGGGGCAGCAGCUUUGGGCACCACUCUUGGGUGGUCAGGUCCCACUAACGCCCGACUUCUCUGUGCCCACAGAACCAUGGGCUCCAUGUUCAGGAGUGAGGAGGUGGCCUUGGCCCAGCUUUUCUUGCCCACGGCCGCUGCCUACACCUGUGUGAGCGACCUGGGAGAGCGCGGCCUGGUGGAGUUCCGAGAUCUAAAUGCCUCGGUGAGCACCUUUCAGCGGCGCUAUGUUGGGGAGGUGCGGCGCUGCGAGGACCUGGAGAAGACGUUCUCCUUCCUGCAGGAGGAGGUGAGAAGAGCCGGCCUGACCCUCCCGGAGCCCCAGGGGAACCCAGAGGCCCCGCCCCCUAAGGACCUGCUGCGCAUCCAGGAGGGGACCCAGCAGGUGGCACAGGAGCUUCGGGAAGUCCGGGGUAACCACCAGGCCAUGCGCACGCGGAUGCACCUGCUCCAGCAGCACAUUGCAGUCCUACGACAGGGGCCCUACACCCGCGACCAGCAUCUUCCAGAUGUCCCACCCAACCGGCCCUUGGAAGAGACUCCUUUACUUGACCCCCAGGCUGGGCCGCGAGCAGAUCUCAGGAUUAGUUUUGUGGCAGGGGCCAUCCAGCCCUGGCGAGCCGGGGCGCUCGAGCGUCUGUUGUGGCGGGCAUGCCGUGGCUACUUUAUCGCCAGCUUCGUGGACAUGGAGGAACCACUCGAGGACCCCCUGACGGGAGAGCGCGUGCCCUGGGUGAUCUUCCUCAUAUCCUACUGGGGAGAGCAGAUUGGACAGAAAAUCCGCAAGAUCACCGACUGUUUUCAUUGCAACGUGUUCCCGUAUCCCGAGCGUGAGGAGGAGCGUCUGGCCAGCUUGCAGCACCUGCAGCAGCAGAAACAGGACCUGAGCUUGGUGCUCCAGGAGACAGAGCAGUUCCUGGGGCAGGUGCUCCAUCGUGUACAAGGCCUGCUGCCCCUGUGGCAAGUGCAGAUCCGCAAGAUGAAGGCCGUCUACCUAAUGCUCAACCAGUGCAGCCUCAGCGUCACCGACAAGUGCCUCAUUGCUGAGGUCUGGUGCCCCACACGAGACCUCAUCACCUUGCAGCAGACGCUGAACGAGAGCUCGCUCCGAAGUGGGGCAGGUGUGGGAACCGUAGUACACCGAAUCCCCUCCAGAGACUCGCCCCCAACACUCGUCCGCACCAACCGCUUUACCGCCAGCUUCCAAGGCAUUGUGGACGCUUAUGGCGUGGGGCGUUACCAGGAGGUAAACCCAGCCCCCUACACCAUCAUCACGUUCCCGUUCCUCUUCGCCAUCAUGUUUGGGGAUGUGGGGCACGGGCUUCUCAUGUUCCUCUUCGCGCUGGCCAUGGUGCUUGGAGAGAACCGGCCCAGUGUGAAGGCCUCGCAGAAUGAGAUCUGGAGGACUUUCUUCGGAGGCCGCUACCUGCUUCUGCUCAUGGGGGCCUUCUCCAUCUACACUGGCUUCAUCUACAACGAAUGCUUCAGUCGAGCCACCACCAUCUUCCCCUCGGGCUGGAGCGUCAGGGCCAUGGCGAGCCAGUCCAACUGGAGCUCAGCAUUUCUGGCCGACCACCCCAUCCUCAGCCUGGAUCCCAAUGUCACCGAUGUCUUCCGGGGACCCUACCCCUUUGGUAUCGACCCGAUCUGGAGUUUGGCCAUCAACCACCUGAGCUUUCUCAACUCCUUCAAGAUGAAGAUGUCGGUGAUUCUGGGCAUCCUGCACAUGACCUUUGGGGUCAUCCUGGGUGUUUUCAACCAUCUACACUUCCGGCAGCCCCACCGGCUCUUGCUCGAGUUUCUGCCGGAGAUGCUCUUCCUGCUGGGCCUCUUUGGCUACCUGGUGUUCAUGAUCGCCUACAAGUGGCUGUGCUUCUCGGCCACCAGCUCGACCCCGGCACCCAGCAUCCUCAUCCACUUCAUCAACAUGUUCCUCUUCUCCCGGAGUCCCACCAACGGGCUCCUGUACCCUCACCAGGAGCCCGUCCAGAUGUUUCUGGUGAUCCUGGCUUUGGCCUCUGUGCCCGUCCUUCUCCUGGGGACACCCCUAUAUCUGUGCUCCCAGCACCGUCGGAAGAGACGGAUUGGUCGCCAACUGCAGGGCUCACCAGACAAAAGCCACCUUCUCGGGGAGACGGAGGAUGGAGCCUCACUGAACGGAAGUGGGGUUGAGGAAGAUGAGGAGAAAGCGGGCUACGCGGAGGAGCCCAAGUUUGAAUUCUCGGACGUCUUCAUGCAUCAGGCCAUCCACACCAUUGAGUACUGUCUGGGCUGCAUCUCCAACACCGCCUCCUACCUUCGUCUCUGGGCCCUGAGCCUGGCCCAUGCCCAGCUCUCGGAGGUGUUGUGGGGCAUGGUGAUGCGAAUAGGUCUGCACAUGGGCCGGGAGAUAGGCGUGGCCAGCGUGGUGCUGGUGCCCGUCUUUGCCGCCUUUGCUGUGCUCACUGUGGCCAUCCUGCUGGUGAUGGAGGGGCUGUCCGCCUUCCUGCAUGCCCUGCGUCUGCACUGGGUGGAGUUCCAGAACAAGUUUUACGCCGGCACCGGCUACAAGCUGAGCCCAUUUACCUUCGAGGUGGAGGAGAGCACCCUGUAGAGCCUCACCCGAUGCCCACCCCCACCCCUGGGUGUUACCAGACAGCAAUAAAAGAGAUUUGAAGGAGC